UUCUUCCAAAAGUUAAGAAGUUUCUUCUGAUAUUACCCAUGAUAAUAAAAUAUAGUUAGCUUGGGGUCCCCUCCAUGAAUUAUAAAAUAUAUUUGACAAUAAUAGAAAAUUCAUUAUUCUGUGCUUGUGGGCUUUAGAGUUGAGGUCAUUGGGGGAAGAAGUAGAAAGUUUCAAGUCAAAAACUCAAAAACGCAUUUAGUUUGCCGUGUCCUCAUCUAAUUUCCCAUCUUCAAUAUUUUCUCCUUUGAUGCUUUCUCUCUCUAUAAUGUUGUCUAACUCGCCAUUAUUGAGUUGAAGAAAAAUACAGCUACAGAACAUGAAGUUCUUUUUUCCUUGCACGACUUGCUUCUCUUCUCAAAGAAACGACAUUGAUAAUAGCUGUUAUGAUGAGGAAAACAAUGAAAACUUCCGGCUAUUCACUUAUAAUGAAUUGAGAUUAGCCACUAAUGGAUUCAGCUCGUCAAACAAGAUUGGUGUAGGUGGUUUUGGCACUGUCUAUAAGGGCCGGUUUAGAGAUGAAAGUUUAGUUGGGAUAAAGGUUCUUUCUAUAGAGAUUGAAUCCAUGAGAGGAGAGAGGGAAUUCAUAGCUGAAUUAGCUGCUCUUUCUAAUAUCAAGCAUGAUAAUCUGGUUGGUCUUAGAGGUUGCUGUGUUGAUGGAGCUACCAGAUAUUUAGUCUAUGAUUACAUGGAAAACAAUAGCCUUUCCCACACUUUACUUGGUGGAGAGCAAAAUAGGCUCAAGUUUAGUUGGGAAGCAAGAAAACACAUUUCAUUGGGGAUAGCACAAGGACUUUCUUAUCUUCAUGAGGAACCUCAUAUAGUCCACAGAGAUAUUAAAGCAAGCAAUAUACUUCUAGACAAAAAUUUCACACCAAAACUUGGCGAUUUCGGUUUAUCAAAGAUUUUAAGAGAGAACAGUUCUCAUAUCAGUACACGAGUUGCUGGGACAAUGGGUUAUCUUGCUCCAGAGUAUGCCAUUAGUGGUCGUUUGACAAGGAAAUCAGAUAUAUACAGCUUUGGAGUACUGCUAUUGGAGAUCGUUAGUGGCCGGAGAGUUGUCGAUUUUGACAUGGAACAUGGAGAGCAUUACCUGGUUCAGAAGGCUUGGGAAGCUUACAAGGGUGAUGAACUUCUGCAGUUAGUUGAUUCUGUUCUUGAAACAAAAUUUCCUGAGGAAGAAGCAGUGAGAUUCAUCAAGAUCGGACUUCUUUGUGUGCAAGAACAUGCCAGGCUGCGGCCAUCAAUGGCUACCGCGAUAAAGAUGUUGGCUAAUGAGACUGACUUGAUAGAUGUUGAGAUAUCACAACCUGGGCUGGUUACUGAUCUCAUGUCUAUAAAAUUGGACCAGCAGCAUUCGUCUCAAAGCACUUUCUCAAGGGGUUCCACAACUCUCAGCUUCCAAAGUCCUCGUACAUCUUAUUUCUGACUACCAUAUUUUUUCUCUCUUCCUUUUUGUUUGUUUUGUUUUCUUUCUUUUUUUCCUUUUCUUUUUACAGAAUAGAUUUUUGCUCAUCCUAGCUACCAGCUUGUGUAGAGUCCACACAUGUAUUGUGUACAUAUUGGGUCUGGAUGAGUUAUCUUUUUCUCUCCAGAUUCAUGACAGAGUUAGGAUAGAGAUUCUUGAAUGUGAUUUGAGUACAUAUAACAGUACAAAAUAUAAUUUGUAUCUCAUUUCUUGA